AUGGAUCAGAAUGGACGAGGAAACUUCGGUUAUGCAGUAGAAUGUUAUUCAACUAAUGGGAUCAUUGAUUUGAUGAUGAUUAAUUCGGAGAAUAUUCUUGUCCAUAAUAAUACUAUUGAGAUCAGUAAUUUUGCAUUUACAUAUAAAGUGUUGGAAUUUUACUGUGGGGAAUCACAAGUGGAAAUUCAUACGAAUCAUACGAAUCGAUUACAAAAUGGAUUAGAAAAUUGGAUUUUCAAUAGAUUAUUGAAUCACGGCUCGGAUCAACGUCCAGAUAUUGAGAAAAUUACGCGAGAUCUUCAAAAUGUCGAAUUACAACUUAAACGUCAAAAUGCAAAGGAUCAACAGGAAUUACGACAACUCAAAAGGAAAGAAUACAAAACAUCAGUCAGAAUUACAAAAACUCGAACUCAAGAAUGCAGAAUUACAAGAAAGUAUCAACAGAAUAGGAAGAUAAUUUAUUUUGACCAAAAUACUGGUAAACGUGAAGAUCAAAUUGUCAAAAUAAUCUUUACUUUAGCACUUCAUUUAUUAGUACGAGAUUACGGAUUGAGCACAAAUUGGUACUGGCUUUGUGUUCAUCCUAUGUUUUGGACUCAGGAAUAG